AUGAGGCUGGUUCUGGUUCGACCCACCAAUGAGACGAGCCGCGUGGACUCGACGGUGGGGGCCUCCGCCGCGCGCAGCACCGAGAGCGAGAGCGCGCCGAAGCGGCUCGGUCCGCAGCCCGCCGCACGCGACCCGCAGGAGGAGGAGGAGGAGGAGGCGGUGAUGCGGCAUCGAGACGCGCGCGCUGUCCGACCGCAGCAGCAGCAGCAGCAGAGAGCGCCGCACGCAGCCUCGCCGCACGCGCACGCACCCUCAGCCGCCGCAGCGCCGCCGCUCUACACCCUGCCGCCUCCGCCGCCGCCGUCUCACAGCGCGCGCGGACACCGGAAACCGCCCAGCGCGACCGGACAACCGCAACGGGGCGGCGCACGAGAACCGUCAUCACCACCAUCAUCAUCAUCAUCAUCAUCACAAAGUCACAGCCAGCGGCGCAGCUGCACCGUCACCAGACCGUCGGCUCGAGCUCUCGGCUCCGUUUCCGCGGACUGUCCCGGUGACCCCGCCUGGUGCGGCUCGCGAUUGGCGGAGGAUCAGUCUCGAGGGAUCCAGUGGAUCAAACCUGCGCAUCGUCUCUCGUGCAGCUGCGGAAAAGAAGGCGGGUCGUUACCGGAGGAGCAGCAACAACUGCAGCGGCCACAACAAGCGUUAGAGCAGAGCAGCGGCGGCGGGAACCCGUUCACCGCUCUACUGCUGCACAACCCGCCACCGGCACCUUCAUCACCGCCGCCAUCCUCAUCCUCAGCGGCGGCAGCAGCAGCAGCGGCGCACCAGAACCAGCAGCACCAGCAUCCGCGCGCUCCCGCGGGCCAGCCGCCCGAAACCAGCGCCGCCGCCGCUCGCGCGCUCCAGGACCCGCAGGCGGCCCGAUUGCAGGUGCAGCGGCUCGUGAGGAGCAGUCUGCCCGAGAGCUGCGCGAGAGCACCGCCGCACGAGCUGCGCGCGCACCGGCCCUGUACCGUACAGCAGCAGCAGCAACAACAACAACAACAACCGGGAGCGCGAGCGGAAUGGCACCGUGACGGAGACACGAACCCGACCGCGGAGCACGAGCCUCAGAGACACCAAGGGCAUCAGGUGAGUGCGGAUGGCAGCAGGCUGAGCCAUGCUUGGUCGCGCUCUUCGCUGUCGCCCAGCGGCCCCACGGUCCCUCAGAUAGCCAUGAACAGCUGCAAGUACAAUGGCGGCGUGGUGAGACCGCUGGGCAGCAGGAACCUGGCCGAUCUGGACUCGGAGACACAGCCGCUGCAGACACUCCACACCUCCGGCCUCGAGGUCGUGGUGUCAAAGGGCAACGGCGACGAGCCUGGCAAGCCGCUGCGCGAGGAUGCUGGCAACGCACCGCACAAGAGGAACAAGGACAUUGGCUACAAGCUCGGCCAUCGGAGGGCACUGUUUGAAAAGCGGAAGCGCCUCAGUGACUACGCCCUCAUCUUUGGCAUGUUUGGUAUUGUCGUCAUGGUGACGGAGACGGAGCUUUCAUGGGGGGUUUACACAAAGGAAUCCUCAUAUUCAUUUGCACUGAAAUGCCUUAUCAGCCUUUCCACUCUAAUCCUCCUCGGUCUGAUUAUUAUGUAUCAUGCACGAGAAAUUCAGCUUUUUAUGGUGGACAAUGGAGCGGACGACUGGCGGAUAGCCAUGACUUACGAACGCAUUCUGUUCAUCGUGCUGGAGCUCCUGGUGUGCGCCAUUCACCCAAUCCCAGGACAGUACGUUUUCACGUGGACGGCGCGGUUGGCGUUCACGUACACGCCCUCUGUGGCCGACGCUGAUGUGGACAUCAUCCUGUCCAUCCCCAUGUUCCUGCGUCUCUAUUUAAUCGGCCGUGUUAUGCUGCUGCACAGCAAACUGUUCACGGACGCUUCGUCGCGCAGCAUCGGCGCCCUCAACAAGAUCAACUUCAACACGCGCUUCGUCAUGAAGACUCUCAUGACCAUCUGCCCUGGCACCGUGUUGCUCGUCUUCAGCAUCUCCUCAUGGAUCAUCGCCGCCUGGACGGUGCGAGUGUGUGAAAGAUAUCACGAUAAACAGGAAGUGACGAGUAACUUCCUGGGUGCAAUGUGGUUGAUCUCCAUCACCUUCCUGUCCAUUGGAUAUGGAGACAUGGUGCCACACACCUACUGUGGGAAAGGAGUGUGUCUGCUGACGGGAAUCAUGGGGGCGGGCUGCACUGCGCUGGUGGUCGCGGUGGUGGCCAGGAAACUCGAGUUGACCAAGGCUGAGAAACAUGUUCAUAACUUUAUGAUGGACACGCAACUCUGCAAAAGAGUGAAGAAUACGGCUGCUAACGUACUCAGGGAAACGUGGCUAAUCUACAAACACACCAAGCUCGUGAAGAAGAUCGACCACGCCAAGGUCAGGAAACACCAGCGCAAGUUCCUGCAGGCGAUCCACCAACUGCGCAGUGUGAAGAUGGAACAGAGGAAGCUGAACGAUCAGGCCAAUACACUCGUCGACUUAGCCAAGACACAGAAUGUGAUGUAUGACCUGGUGUCGGAGCUGCAGGAGCGCAGCGAAGAGCUGGAUAAGCGGAUCGGUCAUUUGGAGGAGAAGCUGGACUCCAUCGCUCUGAGCAUCCAGUCUCUGCCCGAGCUGCUGAACCGAGCCAUAACGCAGCAGCAGCGCCACCUACUGGAUGGCCUCAUCCACCACUCCACGCACUCCACACACUCCUCACACUCCUCGCACACCAGCUCGGCGUCUGUGCGCCGCCGGAGGUCGCCCUCCACCGCCCCUCACACGUCCUCCGACAGCGGCUAACACACACUCACACACGCACACUCACAAACACACACAUUAUAGACACGCGUGUGCUUCUUUGACUAACAUGGCUCAAGAAUAUAAAGAGACUUAAAUGACUUUAACACACUGACACGAAAAUAAGAAGAAAAAGAAAUUAAAAUAACGUAAUGAGUUAACAGUUCAUGGUAGACAUAUGGUUUACGUUUAGCCAUUGUAUGGCUGUUUAAAGUUAGCUUUUUUGUAAAAGCCCUUGUAUAGUUUACGGACUGGAUCCAGGGUGUGGGGGGGACCACACACAUAUACACAUACAUACACUCACACACAUACACUCACACUCAUAUAUACACACACACACACACUCGCACACUAAUACACACUGCUGGCUGAGAAAAUGUCGUCUUUUCUCAUGAUGAAGGUCAUCAGCGGAGGAAUACAGUGAUGGAGAGACGCUGGACUGAGUGACGGUCGCGGGCGAACACAUGGGCCUUUGGGAGCUCUGAAGCUGAGCAUAGGGGGGAAAACGCCAAAAUAUUUAAAUAAAACACACACACACACACACACAAUUAUUAGCAAGUAAAAAUAAAGACACAACACAUCAGAUCUGACCAAAACAAGCAGAAACCAAUGAAAGAUGAAGAGCCAAGCCCUGGGGUGUUUUUUUGUUUUGUUUUUGUUUUGUUUUGUUUUUUACAAAGCAUGCUGGGUAAAAAAUGUCAGGUUUGAAAAGCGAAUUCACUGUGUGCAUACGUCCGAGGUGCGUCUCAGAUUUUAUUUUCAUCGCUCUUUCAUUUCCUUGCUCUGUGUGUCGGGAGAUUUCUCUAAAACAUUCCUUU